UACUUUAUGUCUGAGAUCGACAGUACGAGGCAGAACGAUGGCUCGAGCUCAUGUUCUCCUCACCACUCAACCUGUGUGUUCAUUAAAUUGCAGUUGGGCCCGUAUUAUAAUCGAUCUCUUUUCGUAAUCGAGUCAUUCAUUCGACCGUACGCGGAGACCGAGGAAGAGACGACGUGAGAGAAAGGAAAGAGAGGAAGGAACGCGAAGAGUGAGAGAAAGGUAAAAGGUAAACAGAGAUAGUAACUAAGCUGAAUGGUGUCGGACCGGUUGUUUGUUUGUCUUUGUGUUUUGCUUUUUUCGUUCCGUAGAAGAACCCGGAUUACUGCUGGCUCAACACUAUCACAUUAUCAGCAGAAGGCAACAACACUCACGACCUUAGUACACAUCACUCUAACAGGGCACACCUGGGCAAAAAGAAACACCUGUCGGUCAUAUAUUUUGGAUCACUUGAAACGUGGGUGGGUUCAAACAAAAGGUGCCGUGUUCUGAGUUGUUUACCACAUCUAGAUGUAAAUAUCAGGAAAUUAACGCUGAAAUUCUGAUCGAUCAUUUCAUAUUCAUCUUUUGUUCUCAAAUGUCUUCAUAGCAAUAGCCACAGAAUUGGCCUCGCUGUUCAGAGGGGACUGCGUAUAAUAACCUCAGUGUGUAAAUACUCAAAUAGGCUGUGGUAUUCGAGUGAGGAUUGAUCGGUAUUAACGGGCCCAAAAUGUGCCAAGAAAACAUUCCCCACACCGUUACACUACCUCCACCAGCCUGGACCGCUGACACGAGGCAGGUCGGGUCCAUGGAUUCAUGCCAUCGGUGCCAAAUUCUAACCUUACUGUCUGUGUGCCUCAGCAGAGAUUCAUCAGACCACGCUAUGUUUUUAAUGUCCGGUUUUGGCAGCCUCAGCUCUCUGUUCUUGGUCUUCUGCUGUUGUAGCUCAUCUGCCUCGAGGUUUGAUGUGUGCUGCUCACCACAAUUGUGUUUAUCUGAGCUACUCCAGCCUUCCUGUCAGCUCGAACCAGUGUGGCCGUUCCCCUGAGGCGUUUCCGUCCGCAGAAUUGCGGUGGAUGUUCGAUGGAUGUUUGUUUUGUUUUUUUAUUUAAUUGCACCAUUCUGAGUAAAUUCCAGAGACUGCUGUGUGUGAAAAUCCCUGGAGAUCAGCAGUUUUAGAAAUACUCGAACCAGCCCGUCUGGCACCAACAAACCACCGAGCUCACACUUUUCCCCUCAUUCUGAUGGUUGAUGUGACCUUUACUCGAAGCUGCCGGCGCGUGUAUGCACGAGUUUAUGCGUUGCACUGCUGCCGCCUGAUUGGCUGCUUAGAUAACAGCAGGAACGAGUAGGUGUACAGGUGUUCCUAAUCAAGUGGGAAAAAUUUAAACCAAGUGAAUAAGGUGGAAUUUUAGCUGCUUGAAAUGUGAAUGUAAACUCAUGCGUGUGUAUUUGCACGGGUGCAGCGUGAGGUAACCCUCUGUACUCCAAAACACAGGCUCCACCAAUCCACACUCAGUGUGUGUGAGUGUGUGUGUGUGUGUGUGUGUGUGUGUGUGUGUGUGUGUUGCUACCUUAGCAGCAGUCACAGCACACAAUGGUGCAUAGUUGGGGACAGGUGCAGUAUAGAGCAGGUGCUCAAGGCACAAACAUAAACAUGCGUGCACACACACACACACACACUAGGAUUGUGUUUUUGUGGAAGUGAAUGUGGGCUUGUACUUAUGUGUUCACUCGAAAUGUUUCUCCAGUCCUGUUCACCUGUUCAUUAAUCACUAAGGAGUGAUGUUUACCCGUCUCUAUACGGUUUCACGUCCUCGUUCUCUUUCUCUCGUUUGUGUCUGUUCCCCAUCUGCCUUUCGCGUCCAGGUAUACACCAUCCCUCCUGUUCGCUGUGUACUGUAUGAAUGACGUUUUUGUGUGCUUUAAAGCACAGGAUUCUUUCGUGAAGUUAGAUUCCUACUGUGUCGCUUGUCAGAAUAUUCACAGCUAAAGGAAGAAGAAGCUAUCGUUUCCAUCCAAGCAUUAAGCGAAUGUCAACAUAAGAAAAUGUGAAUAGUUUCACGUGGUUCCGUCAGACAUGCGACUUGAUGAUGUCAUCAGAAGAGCACUAGGCAAGCACACAGUCAUGGUUAGUUGUUCGGAUCUCUUCAUUCCGUCAUCAGUACAGACAUGACGAGCGUUUCUUAACAGUUCAUGUAGUUACACUCUCAGGGAAAUAGUGUGUGAGAAGAGUUCAUGGAUUACAUGAACUGACUUCAACCGCCAUGAACACUAGACAUGGAAAACAUAUUUGGGCAGAGAUUUGUAAACACACACACACACACACACACACACAAAAGCAUUGUUGCAUUGAACAACUCUUUAAAAAGCCUGUUCCGAAAGAGCGCCGUGUACAUUAAGAGGCAAAAGGGCUGGUGCUCAGGGAACCGCAUCCACCCCAUACUGCACAGUAAGGACAAAUAACAAAUCCAUCAGCUAACUCACCAGGCAAGUGUGAGCACCAGCGUACUUGCCCAUUGUCAUGUUUUGGUUGCCUGGAAAGCUCAGUGACCGAGCUAAAAAAAAAAGUAGUAUUUAACAUAAUCUAAUAAAGUUAUGGGCAGCUAGUGAGCUAGUUAAUGCUUUUAAUUCAAUACAAUACAAAACUUUUAUACGUCGAGUAAUCAAUGUUCUCGCAAAAGCAUAUGCUGCGUAGCAACGCUUCAAACUUUCAGUCCAACGCUCUGUGUGUCACGUUCUGCACCAGCGUGAAAAAUAAUUUUGCCUCUUUUUUAAUUAUUCUUCUUAUUAUUUGUUUUCCAUAAUGAGCGUUGACUGUUUCGUGCGUCAUUAGACUUACCGGACUCAUGAACCUUCUCUUCUAUGCACACACAAUCAAGUCACGCCGUAACACGGUAUGGUAUAGAGAUCACAGCUCCAGACCACAACGAAAGACACGCGUCAUAGGUUAUAUGGUUACGCGGCCACGUUAUAAGCAUUAAAAAGAGCUCCGUAGUCUUUUUUUUAGAAAGACUGUGGAAGUCGGGUACUUUAACCAACUUUGGAGCUCUGUUUCCAGUUAAAAAUGACUCCUCGGGUGCUGCUGCUAUGGAGCUCAUUAUACUUCAGCUGAUCAUUUCCCCCAGAGACUUUCUUUAUUCAGUCCAAUUUUUUUAGGGUCAGAAUUUAUACAUUUGAUUAUUUAUUUUUAAGAUAUCGUGAACCUGUAGUUCAUUUUGUUUAAAUAUCUGUAUUUAUCAGGAGUACAGUUUAUUUUCUUCACCUGGUUGUUGAACGUACUUAUCUGGGCAACUACACAUAAAAAGGAUUUAAAAAGACCAGACGUGAAACGUGUUUGUCCUGGGCACCUGGGCUGCUUAUUUAUCCACCCUUAUUGCUUAUGUAGUAAAAAAUCUGGAAAUACUGAAAGUGCUACAACUCGCCCAGGAUUAACAAGGUCAUGAAACAAGAUUCAGCUCAUGAUGGAAUUUAUACGGAUUCAGAGAAACACAGCGAUGUGGUUGGAUUUAGAUCCAUUUCGUACGAAUAAAGUUGACCCGACGUUCACGAUAACAAGCGACAAAACGCGGUCAAAUGUGGGGUGUACUUAUUUUUUCACAUGCCCGUAUACUAAAGAGAAAAACCCUGGGGAUGUAGACCAAACACGACACGGUUGAGGACGUCGUUUAUUUCCGUAGUGUGUAUUUUGAAAUGUGCAGAGGUGCAGAAAACACGUGGCAAAAUGAAAGAAAUGCCGGUUUACGUCGUGCGCAAAUGUAAAAGGGGCAUAAAAUAAACGGAAAGCUCCCCAAACAGAGAAGGAGAACGGAGAAGAGGGCGAGACGGUGGAGACCGUCCGAGAGAACGAGAGAGAUGUGUAACCUGCCCCGUGACAUCACCGACAUGGUUUCCAGGCAUGCACGCUGAUUGGCUGAGGGGAGGGAAGUAAUUCGAUUCCCUUCUCAAUCCACUGUGUUGUGUUUGGGGAUAGAGAGGCAGACAGAGGGAAAGAAUCGGAGGAAGAAAGACACAGAGGAUGUUGGUCAGUCUUUAUCAGGGUUUUGGACAGAUAGUAUCUGGGACUUCUUCAUGUUUAUAUUAAGCUUGCGCCCUAAAAAGUGUGCGCGCGUGUGUGCGCCAGCGAGAAGUAGCUGGAGAUCCGAGUUAGCUGUGGAACCGUUUCGCCUGGUGGUUUAAAGUUCACUCUCCGGCUGAUUUGUUGUUUUUGGCUCACGUUUUCAUUUUGGGGAGAAAACAAAAGAAAAAUAAAGGAGUACCACUCCCUGAGACACCUGAUCUGAGAGAGAGCAGUGUGCAGAUUUAUGCUGUAGUGAGUCCCUUACGGCGUCACCUUGCCAUCGAGCCCGUACAGACCGAUGCAGCGGAGGAGUUCAGAUACGCAUCAAACACAGGGGCAGUGAGCCUGGGUCCCGUCCCCAUUCCUGGCACUCCACUAAGCUGGGUGAGGGCCCUCUGGACUCUGACAGCAUGAUGCAGAUAUCCCAGGGUGCCAUGGGGGCUCCCUGGCACCAAAGCUACCAUGGCAGUGCCUCCACCACAGACCUGUCAGGUUAUGAUGCAGGAUUUCUGAGGAAAAGUCCAGACCAGUACAGUUCAAGGGGAAGCAUGGAGAGUCUAGAUCAUUCACACCCUGCUUACAGUUCCUGCAAUCAACUGUCGGUCUCCAAAUCCUCCAAUAGCAUUGACCAUCUGCACAGCAAACGUGAUUCUGCAUACAGUUCCUUCUCUACCAGCUCAAGUAUCCCAGAAUACCUUGCAGCUGGGCCAACGUUCAGCAAGGAACGGUCAUACUCCAUGGACAGUGUUCCUCAACAUAGAACUGCAGAGGGCAUGCAUCAGGCAGAUAUUCACUAUGUCCACACCGUCUAUGACUCUCAAAAGGGCAUGUCUGCAGAGCAUGAGGUCCUUUCUACAGCAGUCCUAAAAACUAAUGAAAGCAAAGCACAUCCAUCUAGAUGUGGAAGCGUACAGGGCAGGGGUUGUCACCGUUCUAACAGUACCAGUGGCAGUAGCAGCAGCAGUGUAAGUAGUGGUUGUGGUACAGUCACGUCUCAUCGUCACAGUGCAGGACCAGUAUGGGGCCAAACACACAAUGACAGCUCUUAUGAAAACCUGAAGGGGGCACCUUCACCUCCCUUACGCAGUGACAGCUAUGCAGCCACCCGGAGCCAUGAGCGGCCCAGCUCAUGGUCCAGUCUUGAGCAGGCUCGGUCUUUACGGGCUCUUCACAAGGGUUCUUGGCAUCACUCCAGUGGCUCUGUGGCAUCAGGAAAAUCAUCCUUUGGAAUAGAGGGACAACUUCACACUGUAAUUGAAAAGAGUCCUGAGAGUAGCCCAACGAUUAAACCCAAACAAAGCCUUCCACCUUUAUCACAGCCUGGAUCAGCCAUGUUGCCUACUGGCAUCUACCCUGUUCCACUGCCAGAGCCCCAUUUUGCACAGAUACCAACAACAAACCCCAGCUCUAGUAGUGUGUACCCAGCACUUGCCAAGGAGAGUAAACCCAUCCCUCAAAAAGAACCCUGUGGAGUAGAUUCUGGUGUUAUAAUGGCAGCAGAAAACGGAUACCAAAGCAAUGCUUCCUACUCCUGUUCUGUCCAAUCUCUUGUUUCCCCACAACCUAAACAACCAAACCAGGUGAAAGAUGACCCUCAGACCAAAUGUGUCUUUUACAGGUCUCAUUUCCAAACACAGGGGUCCAAGUCCCCAGGGUUGCCCCUAGGCCUUGAAAGAAAGGACCCUUACACCCCUGUUCAGCCAAGGCGAGAGAAACCCAGAUACUCACAUGGCAUGGAUAUUAUGGAAUCUUACAGACAACAUAGAGAGGAAGAGCUAAGCAGAUGCCAAGAACAGAAUGUCCAUCCACAACCAUUUUACUCAUCAUGUGAACUUUUAGAAGAACAUGCCCAACCUCAAGGAAGUGAUCAAAGAAUCAACACUUCAGGUAGGUUCCACAAUGAAUCCGGCACCUAUCAACAGAGGGACCAAGAUCUGGAUCAUCCACUAACCCGACUUGAGAAUGCACUUGCAGAGGUCCAGAGAUGUGCUAGCCCACAGAGCACUACUAGCCAUUGCAGCAUCCAAAGUGAACGUAGCAUGUCAGUAAUGGAGAAAGUCAGUCACUUUGAGAGGCAGCAGACCAAACCACGUAGUCACAGUCACAGCCUCUGCAAUUAUAGCUCCUCUGUUGGUCCAAGUCAGGCUACCCACAUUGCCAAGAGGUCUCUGUCUGGGCUGAAAGAUCUGCAAAAAGGGUAUGUCCCGCAAGGGAGAAGUUGGAGUACCGGCCAUGAGGGAAAUGCAGAAUCAUCACAGGACCUGCAGCCAAGGUACGUGAGCACUGAUCAAGCUGAGCAUAGGAAGCCACAUGACCUACACCGAAGCAAGAGUUCUUUCCAACUCAAUGAGGAAAAUGGCAAAGACUUUUAUAGGAGCAAGAGCACUUUUCAUCUUGAGGAAAAGAGCAAAGACAUCCAAUGGAAAGAAGACCAUCAGGAUACCUUAGGCACCGUUCCUGACACCACCUUUACUCGAGCAUACAGAGAUAGCAUCAAGGAUGCUCAGUCCAAGGUGCUGAGAUCCACUUCAUUCCGAAGACGAGACUUGAGCAUAAACCCUCCUCCUGUGCCUGUGAAGCACAUGUCCCUCGAUAGGAAGGGACCCAAUAUAAGCCCCAAACUCACCUCCUCUCCACACACUCCUAAAGAACGCCAUGUUAUUCCUGUUGAGCUACCAGACAAGACCAGUGCUCCUGAGCUUCCAAGAAUCCCUCCUGUAGGGCCUCCAGUUAUGCGAAUAUGUGGACGAAAGCGACUGACCAUGGAACAAAAGAAAAUGUCAUACUCUGAGCCAGAGAACAUUCAUGAGGUUGGAGUUUCUGAUCAAGAGUCUGGCUUAUGUCAAAAGAAGGCACCACUUCAAUUCCAGCUUCCUGAGACAAGUGUUGCAGAUCGACGAAGGAUGUUUGAACUUGUAGCUACUCGUACUGCAGGUACCAAAUUAGCCACCUCAAGACCUGAGUUAAAGCAGAUGCAGCAAGAUGCUUUGGCUGAUUAUGUGGAGCGCAAGACUGGUCGACGGAUGGAUGGGCGUCCUCAUCGUCCUCAUAGUGCCUACAUGCAAUCAACUUCCUGUUCGUCCAUAGACUCACAAAGCCGAACCUCCACCACCAGCAUGGGCUGUCUUCAGGAGCCAGGACGAGAGGGUAUCUCUGAGGAUAACUGCCAACCCUUCACUCUUACAGCCAAUACACAAUAUCCCGUGCACACUAACAGGAACACCCAAACUCAGACUCAAUCUGAAAUCUAUCAGUCUGCCUUUAGACCACAGAGUGCAGAACCACAGAAACCAGAAAGGCAAGCAAGGAGAACCAUUCCAGGCCAUGUUCCAGGUCCAACCUUGGCUCCCCUCCCCAAUGCCCCUGCUAGCCAAAGCUUGGAUGAAGUUUUUGGAAGACCUGUUCCAGCCAAAAGCUCAGGGAAAUCAGCUUCAGCAGAGGACCUCUUGGAUCGCAAUCAAGGUCAUCCUGUUUCUCAGCACUUCAGAUCAAAAUCCUCUCCAGCUGUGGAGAACUACAACAUGGAUGUCUUGGCUGGAGACCUCAGAUUGUUCGGGAGUGUUUCUAAAGAAAACAGGCUAUCAGGGAAUGUGGGACCUGAGGUCACACAAAAGUCAUCAAGUGAAGUUGGUCUGGAGCAGAGCUGUCUGCUGAACCCAGGUCUGAAUCAGCUGAACCCAGGUCUGAAUCAGCUGAACCCAGGUCUGAAUCAGCUGAACCCGCCCGUGAUAAGGAGGGAACGACAGCGCCACUCCGACCGACCCCGAUCCCACAGCGCCUCAGGCCUGGCAGCUUCUGUCGGACUGCCCUGUCCUUUCUCCUCUUCAGAGUGGCAGAGUACCAACAAGGCACAGUGCCAACCCAACCUAGAUUCCAUCACUUUCCCAGGCACUGUCCCUGAAAAUCGAACGAGUUCAUUGUCAGGAACGGACAAUCAAAAUUCUGCCGAUGCGAACCGUUCCGAAGACGCUCCGAACGACUCUGGGAAGACAGCCCAUGACCUUUCACUUCCACACCAAGAAGAUGCAGAGUCACUCACGCCUUUCUCUUUCAACCCAUGCCAUUCUGAAUCGCCCACUUCUCCCAAACGAUCCACCUCUCCCAUUAGGUCCCUCACCUCUCUACGGAUCUCAGAGUCCAGUACCGGCUUUGCCUCAUCUGCAACUGUUUCACAGGGGGAUGAUGAGGUGUUUUUGUCUCCAACCUCUCCACCACUACACCCACUGUCAAGAAGAGGAGGAAACUUCUCAGAGGAACCUCCGUUUCCCUACCCGCUGACCCAGCCUCAAGUAAAGGAAGAUGCACUUGACGUCAUAGUGCCUCAAGAAUCACAAAAUCUAAACAGCGUCUUUGAGCAUCCGUCUGUCACAAAUGCCCACCAAGAGAGAGACGUUCGUCAGCUGCGUAACCUCUCGUCCCUGUCAGGAACCUCCGAGCGUGAUAUCACCAGUGUCGCUGCUGUGACCUCUGAAGCUGAGGCAGAAGAGCUUGCAGAAAGCCCUGAGUUUCCAUUGCUGGCCAGGAGGGAGCGCACGGAGGCAGAAGUGCGGGUGGAGACUCUGGCUCGGGAGCUGGCGUGCCGAGACGAGGCACUUGCUCCUCUUCUGGACAUCUGGGCAAGCACCACUAUGUUGGACUUGAUGGAGGACAUCUUUCCCUCCUGCUCAUCUGCUCUAUGGCACCAAGCGAAGAAUAGCAGCAGUCAUGCAGGUGACAGUGCUCAAAAUGCGGUGUGUGUUGCUCCUGAGGCUCAUGUGAAAGCUGUUCAUGGACAGAUGGAGACUGAUCUGGACGAAGAAGAAUCCAAUUUGAAUGAGAAGAAGGUGGCGCUCCUGCAGGCUCUGACCGUGAGCUUAGAGGCGUUGCGGAUGGAGAGAGAGAGACUGGUCGAGGAGCAGCUGUGCUACAGUGCUCUGGGCUGCAGGAUAGAGGCGCUGGUGCAGGAGCACUGCAAACCCAACGAGAGUGAGAAGUACCGUAUGUUUAUUGGCGACUUAGAAAAAAUCGUCAACCUCCUGCUUUCGCUGAGCGGACGUCUGGCACGUGUGGAGAACGCCCUUAACGCCCUGCAGGGGGAGCCAGAGAAGGGAAGCAUGGACGAGAGGGCAUCCUUGCAGCAGAAACAAAGUCAGCUGCGCAGUCAACAGGAAGACGCACGUGAGCUGAAAGAGAACCUGGACCGACGUGAGCGCAUCGUGCUCCAGUUCCUGGGCGGCUAUCUGAACACCGCGCAGCUGCACGACUAUUGGCGCUACAUUCGUGCCAAACCGGCGCUGCUCAUCCGCCAGCGCCACCUGGACGAACUCAUCCGCCAGGGAGAGGAGCAACUCUGCAGACUGACGGAGAACACGAACCACGAGCUCAAUCCGCAAACAAGCUCCACCCCCUCUCCGUGUAGUGAUUCCAACUCGCCACGACCGACCACUGUGACCUCGCUCUGACUGUCCGUUAGCCCUGAAAGCUGCCGAGUAGAAAAAAAACACAACCAUGAGAGUUAGAACGAGAGA